AUUUCUGAAUCAAUCGCAGAGGGGAGCUCCAAUUAUCCCCUAUUCUCUCUCUCUCUCUCUCUCUCUCUCUCUCUCUCUCUCUCGUCAAAAUAGAGUUGAUAUAUUAGUAGAUGUAGUGGUAUUGAAAUGGAUGAUCCAGUGCAAACACUCACACCACCACAUGUACUCAUCUUCCCCCUCCCAGCACAAGGCCAUGUAAACUCCAUGCUAAAGCUCGCCGAGCUUCUCUGCCUCUCCGACUUCCACGUCACCUUCCUCGUCUCCGAUCACAUCCACAAUCGCCUCCUCCGUCAAACAAACGUUCACAGACGUUUCGAACACUAUCCUCGAUUCCGUUUCGAAACGAUUUCCGAUGGAAUCCCAACCGAGAGCUCCAGAUCCGGCUCUGAUUUUCUAACAGAAUUGAUUGAUUCUUUGAGAACCGUAAUAAAACCGCUUUUCAGAGAAUUGUUUUGCUCUAAUCGACUGAGCUACGAGUCGACUCGGCCAGUAACGUGCAUCAUAGCAGAUGGGGUACUGAGUUUUACAAUCGAUGUUGCUGAAGAGAUGGGUAUUCCAAUCGUUUACUUCCGAACAAUCAGCGCUUGUGCUUUCUGGGCUUACUUUUGCAUCCCUCAACUCAUUGAAUCUGGCGACCUUCCUUUCAAAGGAAUCGAUUUGGAUGUCCCAAUACAAAGCAUACCAGGUAUGGAAGAUUUUCUCCGGCGGCGUGACCUUCCUGCUAAUUGUCGUGUUAGUGACUUGAGCAACAAAAAAUUUCAAUUCCUAUCGACUGAAACGCGGCAAACACCACGAGCUCGAGCCCUCAUUCUCAACACAUUCGACGACCUAGAAGGACCCAUACUCUCUCACAUACGCAUUCACAUGCCAAACAUCUACACCAUUGGACCACUCCACGCGCACAACAAGCCAAGAAUGGUAGUGACAUCAACCUCAUCGGAUAGUCUGUUGGAAGAAGAUCACAACUGCAUGAUGUGGCUGGAUGCACAACCCUCGCAGUCUGUCAUUUACAUAAGCUUUGGAAGCCUUGCAAUGAUUACAAGGACCCAGUUGAUGGAGUUCUGGCAUGGUGUAGUAAAGAGUGGGAAGCGGUUCUUGUGGGUCAUACGGCCGGACUUGGUCUCUGACGGAGGUGGGGUGGGUCAGAUCCCGACCGAGCUCUUGGAGGCCACGAUGGAAAGGGGGCACGUGGUCGAGUGGGCCCCACAAGAAGAGGUAUUGGAUCACCAAGCCAUUGGUGGUUUUUUGACUCACAGUGGAUGGAACUCAACUUUAGAGAGUAUAGUUGCUGGGGUGCCGAUGAUAUGUUGGCCUUACAUUGCGGACCAACAGAUGAAUAGUAGAUAUGUUGGGGAGGUGUGGAAGCUUGGGAUGGACAUGAAGGACACUUGUGACAGAAUCGUAGUUGAGAAGAUGAUUAGGGAUUUGAUGGAGGUGAGGAAAAGUGAGUUCGUGCAAUCGACUAAAAGGAUGGCCAAGUUGGCUAGAAAAGCUACUAGUGAAGGUGGAUCAUCACAUUGUAAUUUGGAUCGUCUGAUAAAGGACUUGAGAUUGAUGAGUGCUGGUGUUUGAUUAUUUUAAAAUGAAUUAAUUAUUUAAAAGUUA